GAUCUACAAGCUCGACAUGCGCUAUCUACGAGGAUGAUUCACAACGUGCAAUUGAUGGCUCAACUGUUGGGACGCGCUAAGCCCUACAAAUUCACCACCAAUCUGCAGAACAAAAUCGUAUCCAACUGCGUCAGUGUGUACGACACAACGGUGACGAGAGAAAAUCUGGAGUAUUUACCUUGAGACAAUGGAAAUGUGGAGUAUGUACCUCGACGUGCUGAAUGACAAUCUUCAGUUCCCGUCACCUAAUUACAAGAGCAAGCUGAGUUGCGAAGCUUUCAGUGCCACUGAUGAAGCUAUCAAUCUGUCAUCUGGUGUGGGAGCCUUCAGGAGACGACGGCAAGAGUACUACAAGCUGGGAGACAGUGCGACUGCGCAGAUGGUGACUGAGAGACAAGGUUGUGGCCGCGACGCCACACCUCCAAGGAGCACACCUGCUGUAUGCGUGAGUGAUUACCUAUCGGCACACCAACAUGGUGCUACUGGAGUUUCAACUUGGAGCGUCAUGGGGCGGUGAUACUGCAGUGGAAGCCAUCUUUGAUCAGGACAAAGCGCUCCGACUGUGGAAGCUUAUAGGCUGCCAUACUGGCAGUUCAGCGACUCCGAUAAGGAUGAGUGACGAACCGCCUGCGGAGCUCUUUGGCUCCGACAGUCUGCCGGAGACUGAUGACGUCAUCAAGGGUGAUGAAACAAUGCAGUUCUCAACAUCCGAGGAAAGUUCUAAGAUGGUUAAUGCCGAUCUUCAGAAGGUAAUGGACUCAAUAUCGGUGUCAGCGGACGGCGUCGAUGUGGACGACGAGAAACUUUUAUCACAGUUUGUCGUGGGCAACCUGGGCGCCGAUGACCACCAUCACGGACCCACCACCGCUGAGGAGUCCUCCUCUUCCUCACUGGCCGACGAGAGAGCGCUGCUUGAAUCAGUGCUGGCACGCGCCGCCAAUAGUGACCAGGUGGCGACACUUGGUGACCAGGUGGCGACACUCGGUGGCCAGGUGGCGACACUCGGUGGCCAGGGGAGGACACUUGGUAGCCUUGUGGGGGCACUCAGUGGUCACGUGGCGUCGCCGGCUGCCGGCGAUGAGACACCGGAGGAGACGAUGCAGGUGGAGAGGUUGAUGGAGUCUAUACAUAGCGGCAGCAGUAAUGAUGAACCCAAGACACUGCAAGAUGAUGAUGACACAAUAUCAUCUACAACAAUCGCUGUCCCAACGACAACAACUUACCAAAGUUUGACGUCACUACAGGCGGCGGCCGACAUAUUUGGCGACGACGAAGACGACGAUGAUGACGUCAUCAAAGCAGCCGGGAUGCAGUCAUCAACUGCCGACGACAACGGAAGCCAGCAGACGGUGAUGACGGCACUGGUGGGUGGUGGGGGUGUGAUAACGGCAUCCGGUGGAGGGUAUGUGAUGACGUCAUCGUCAUCGGGUGGAGGCCAGCUGAUGACGUCAUCGGUGGUGAGAGAGGAGGAAGAGCUGACGUCAGUGGAGGAUGUGCUGUCGGCAUUGCAUUCGGAGCUGGAUGAGGAGGAGGAGGUUACGAGAGGAGGAGGAGGUGGGGGAGGAGGAGAGGAGAUCAAGAAGGUGGAGGAGAAGUCCAAGUGGAAAUUGAAAGUGGAACAACAGCGGCAGCAGCAGGCACAAGUCACAAAGCCGGCUAAACCAUCCUCAGACGGCGCCAGCGGUCCGAUGUACAAGUGCUUUGUGAGCGGCUGCAAGUCGACUACUAGCUCUGCAGCGGGGAGCGGCGCAACUAGCGGUGGGAAGUCGGUGACUACUAGCGCUGGAGCUGGCAGUGGCGCAACUAGCGGUGGGAAGUCGGUGACUACUAGUGCUGGAGCGGGGAGCGGCGCAACUAGCGGUGGUGAGAUGCGGUUCUUCAAGCCGCCGCCGAAUCCGUUGAUAUUCAAGCGGUGGGCGCGCAACUUGUGCCAGGGAUCGCAACAGUUGGCAUAUACGGCGCUCAUCUGCGAACUGCAUUUUCGGCCGCAGGAUAUCAGGGAGGUAUUUGUUAACGGCAAAAAGAAUUGGGUAUUGACCGAGGGUGCCCUGCCCAAACCGUCUACAGCGUCGGCACUGGCAGCAGCGGCUGCACAAGCUGGCAACGCCGCUGCUGCGGCGAUGAACUCCAGGCCACCAGGUGGCAAACGACCGGUCGGCCGGCCGAGUGGCCUGUACAGGCAACAGCAGUUCGAGGCCCUCCAAGCCGCACAGGCCAGGGCUAACAAGCUGCAACGGGAGAAACUCAGUCAAGACGCAGUGGUUAAAGACGAGAAGACAAGUACAGCUGAACUGCUGUACACGCUAACUGACAACGUGGAAUCAGCUGAUGUGACGCCCCAAUCAGCUGACAAUGCAGCUGUUGCUGCUUCAGAUGUUCCUCCUUCGGACCAGUCAAAGCCGUUGACAGAAAACCCCCAAGUUCUUCAGGGACCAGAGGAAGACCUCGAGGAGUUGGACGUGUUUGUGUGCGGACUUUGUCAUACGGUGUUCCACUUUGUCGAGCAAUUCCAAGAGCACCGAGCCAGGGUGCAGUGCAGGGGCACCUCUACAUUCAAAGCUAGCUUGUCGGAGUCGAAACCUCACGUGUGGGCGUUCUUACUAUGGAAAAAUGCACAGACUAAAAUUCUAGGUGAGACAGAGAGCUCGUGGAAGCUGUAUCAGCGCUGGUGCAAGAUGACCGAUCAGCUGCGUGAGACGUGGAUUGCGGCGGGCAGAGACCUGCAGGCCAACAGCUGUGUCGUGCAGCAUCUCCAGUCAAUCAAGACAAUGGUCGGUCCAGCUGAUGGAUUGGUGACCACGCAGGAAGAAUUUGUUGUGGAAAAGAUAGUGUCGCGCCGCUAUAACCAGAAAAAGAAGCAGUACGAGUAUUUGUUGAAGUGGGAGGGAUAUCCACCCGAGCAAAACACGUGGGAACCAGCGCAGAACAUGUCGACAUGUCAGCACCUGUUGGCCGAAUUUGAGGCGAAUUUGGCGAAACAGGGGGCCGCAAAGGGGCUUCGAUCUCCUCAUUCGAGGGCACCCAGGGGGGCACCCUGUCGAGGCCCCUGAAGAAGGGGACACCCGCCGCUGUAAAGCAGGAGAUGGUGGACAUCAAACAGGAGGUCGCCAGUCUACCGGGAACUCCCAGCGGCCGACCUGUACGCAACAGCAAGAAGAAGGCUCUGGACCAGGUGAAGGUGUGGUGCGGCUCGAUGAUUCGGCCGCUGGACAUGGUUGGAGGGGGCGGGGGGGCCCUCAAGCGCAGUCUGUCGGACGACUCUGACUA